AUGCGGCUGCUCUGCGGGACUCUGCUCUGGCUCUUGGGGCUCUUGUGUGACCUGGGUAACAGCAGCUUUCUCCGGAGCCAUCUCCAUGCCUCCAGUUUCCUGCAGCGCAGGCUAAGCGGCCGGGAGAAGCGGGAGAUGCAGCGGGAGAUCCUGUCCAUCCUCGGGCUGCCGGGCAGACCCCGACCCAAGGCCUCCGCCGGGGGCAAGCUGCCCUCCUCCGCUCCCCUCUUCAUGCUGGACCUGUACCACGCCAUGGCCAGGGAGGAGGAGGACGAAGAGGAAGAUCAGGUGGGCUGGGGCCGGGGGGUCUCCCGGCCCGUGCUGACCAGCUUGAGCAUCCAGACGCCGCCUUUGGGAAGAGUCAUCAGCCGGGCGGACACGGUCAUGAGCUUUGUCAACAUGGUUGAACAUGACAGAGACAUCUUCUACCAGAAGCCUUACUGGAAGGAAUUUCGAUUUGACCUGACCCAGAUUCCAACUGGAGAAUCUGUAACAGCUGCCGAGUUCCGAAUUUAUAAGCUGCGAAGUUUCACUCGUGAUGUCAACAAAACUCUUCACAUCAGCAUCUACGAGAUCAUGAAGGAGUAUUCCAACAGGGAAUCUGACUUGUUCCUGUUAGAUCUUCAGGAGCUCCAGGCCGGGGCUGAAGGCUGGUUGGUUUUUGAUGUCACAGCUGCCAGCAACCACUGGUUAGUAAACCGUAAACACAACCUGGGCCUGCGGCUUUAUGUGGAGACCGAUGACGGGCAGAGCAUCGAUCCGGGCUCAGCAGGACUGCUGGGUCGGCGCGGGCCACGCUCCAAGCAACCUUUCAUGGUCACUUUUUUCCGGGCAAGCCAAAAUCCGGUCCGAGUUACUCGAGCUGUCAAGCAGCUAAAGAAGAGGCAGCCCAAGAAAACGAACGACUUACCGCAUCCAAACAAGCUUCCAGGGAUUUUUGAUGACAUUCAUGUCUCUGAAGGCAGACAGGUUUGCAGGAGGCAUGAACUCUAUGUCAGCUUUCAAGACCUCGGAUGGCUGGAUUGGGUGAUUGCACCACAAGGAUAUUCUGCUUUUUACUGCGAAGGAGAAUGUGCCUUUCCUCUGGAUUCCUGCAUGAAUGCAACCAAUCACGCCAUCCUGCAGUCACUAGUCCAUCUGAUGAAGCCCGAGGCUGUUCCCAAGGCCUGUUGUGCUCCCACCAAGCUCAGCGCAACCUCUGUCCUCUAUUAUGACAGCAACAACAACGUGAUCCUCAAAAAACACCGCAACAUGGUGGUGAAAUCAUGCGGCUGCCACUGA